UGUUCCAGGUAUGGCCGCGUGCAAAGUGUCAAAUUGCUGCCGAGGUGCACCGAGGAGAAGACGGGCGAGAUCACGAUGGCGUGCACGGUGGCGUUCAUGGACAUCAAAAGUGCGUCCAAGGCCCACAACUCCGAACUCAAGAUAGACGAUAGGACUCUCAACACGGAGUACUACGAACCUGCUGCCAUUCCGUCCGCUGCUGCUUUGCCGCAGAUCGCAACGCCCUCCCCGUACUCUACCUCCCCUGGCACCACCAGGUUUCCGAACGGUCACGGGUCCUCCGACGAGCAUGGAACGUUUCCAGAACGUUUUUACGAGAGAUCGACGCCGAGGUUGGCCGGCGGCGAGGGCGAAUUCAUCCGCAGGGGGGGUGCGCCGGGGGGCACCGGGACCGCCGCCGGCUACCACGACGCUAACCGGGGCCGCAACAGGGAUCGCACCUACAGGAACGGUCCCUACAGCGCCUCCGCCGCCGCCGCCACCACCGCUCUCAUGGAUCGACACUCCAGGACGCCGAACAGCGCGUGGAACUACGAUUCGACUAGAUAUAAUAACACCACAGGUAAUAGUCAGACAGAUACAGGGUAUAGCACAACACCGUCGGAAAAUAAUGAGAGGCGAAAUUCGGAUCAAAGUUCAAAGAAGAAAACGAAAUCCAGGUCAGGUUCCAGGUCUCCAUCGCCAUCUGGAAGUACCAGUAGUCGAUCACCUUCGAGGUCCAGAUCCCGAAGCAGUAGUAGCUCCUCAAGUUCCUCCACAUCUAGAGAUACAAGUUCGACGAGUUCUCCAAAAUCCAGGAGGUUAGCGUCGACGGCCAACUCAAAUCACCAGCCCGUUGUCCAUUCGGACGAUCGUAGACCGCUCGCGAUUUGUGUGAAAAACCUACCCGUGAGGUCGUCCGACACCUCGUUGAAAGACGGUCUUUUCCACGAGUACAAAAAACACGGGAAAGUGACGUGGGUGAAGGUGGUCGGCAAGGAUUCCGAAAGACACGCCAUCGUCUGCUUCAAGAAGCCCGAGGACGUAGAGAAGGCUAUUGAGGUGAGCUACGAUAAGCUGUUUUUCGGGUGCAAGAUCGAGGUGGCGCCCUACCAGGGCUACGAUGUGGAGGACAACGACUUGAGGCCGUACGAGGCGGAAAUCGAUGAGUUCCAUCCGAAGGCCACGAGGACUUUGUUCAUCGGUAAUCUAGAAAAAGACGUAACCGCGUCCGAUCUCAGGAAACAUUUCGAUCAGUUUGGGGAGAUAAUCGAAAUCGACAUUAAAAAACAAGGGGCUGUGAGUUCUUAUGCGUUUUGUCAGUACUCUGAUAUAGUGAGUGUUGUCAAGGCCAUACGGAAAAUGGACGGAGAACAUCUAGGUAAUAAUCGAAUUAAGUUAGGUUUUGGCAAGUCGAUGCCAUACAACUGUGUGUGGAUUGACGGGGUUAACGAGAGUGUUAACGAAAAGUACCUGAAAAUGCAGUUUGAUCCUUUCGGCGUUAUAAAUAAAGUGCACAUAGAUCGUGAAAAGGGCCAAGCGCUCGUAUUUUAUGAACAAGUGUUGAACGCGCAGGGUGCGGUUAAUAAAAUGCGCGGGUUUAGUUUGAAGAAUACUAAAAUUCAAGUGGAUUUCGCUAGUAGGGAGUGCCAAGAGUCGUUCUUUGAGAGGUUAGAAAAACAAGGUACUAUCCUGGAUAGGAGCGUCUUCGAAGAGAGGAGGGAUUCCACUACGAGGACUUUUGAUGCCACCACCGUCACCAGAUUUUCAAGAUAUGACACCCCUACCCGACCGCGGACAUCAUCCUACAGCAGCAGGUCGAGCAUAGCAGCGAGUCAGGUGACUUCGGUGCUGCAAUCGCCUGGCACCCCUGGGUCUGUCACCCCCCGGGGCUCCAGUUCCCGUUCGCGCUCCGCCCGUUUCGCCGAGUACUACGACCAAACCCUCGAUUAUUCCGAAAGACACUUUCGGAGCUACGACGAGUACAGCCAGGGAUCGGCGGCGUCUCACGACGACGUCUACGAGCACGAGUACGCCUUCGUCCACGACAGUCCCACGCACCUCGACCCUCUGCAGGGCAUGGUGGACACCGUUGUCCCCUUCGCGCCGCCGGACAUGAGGAACCUGCAGAAGGAGCGAGUGCACUUGCUCGAACAGUUGGAAGAAUGCCCGAGUUCCGGAGACGAGUUGAUAAGCCCCAAAAAACGACUGAAAUUAGAUUUACUAGACUCUGCUAUGACUAGCGACGUGAUCAUAGAGGCCAACAGGGAUCACAGGAAAGUGAUGGAGGUGAGACGAUUGUCGGACGUCAGUUUGAAGCACCACUCGCGGAGACCCUCAAUCGACUCUGGGAAGCACUUGCGACACGACGUGGGAUACCUGCCACAUACGGUUUGCAAGAGAAGAAAGACAGCCGGCAGCGAUAGCGGAUCCAAAAUGCACCACUACGACCACUCGGGAUCGGAAAGCGUAGGAGGUUCCAGACCAGGGACGCCUCUGUGUGACGAGAGGCCGGAAAAUUUCCAGCCCAGCGAACCGCGGAGGGUGCCCCGGGAAAGGGAAGGGCCGCUCACACUGCCGCUGCCGAGAUUUGCCGCGCAAAUUAUGAAUAGAGGUAGUGUUUCAGUAGCAGGUAUCAAAGGACAAAAGGACAACGUACUCUCGAGCCCCCCUCCCGCAGUUACAAGCCCUAGAAUAUCUAAUCCGAGACCUACUACUCCUGUCCACGUCCCCCCACCCGCAUCCCCUCCUCCGCGACCUCCCAGCUUGAGCUCCAACUCGAGCGACAGUGAUGUCACCCCACCUAGUCCAUCUCUAGAGGAACGCAUCAAGUCUCUGGACGAAAAAUACGAGAAAUGGUCCGGAUCCAGGGCGCUGAGCGCAGCUGGAGGAGACGCCUUGGCUCUGCUCGACGCCAACCUUGAGAAGUUCAGGCAGCGUCACAAAAUCCUUGAUCUAGACCUGAAGGAGGUACAACCUUCGGAAAUCGUCAAAUCUGUCAUGGCGAAACGAUCCGUUUUCGAUGAAGACCUGAAGAGGUUGGAGAAUGUCGGGGAGAAAUAUGAACCCAAGGAUUUUUCGUUAUUUCCGAGGAGUACAAUCACGGUACAGACUCCAGUACCUACGACACCUCUUCCGGCGCUGAAGCUAGCACCAGUUACUCCGGUACCUAAAACACCCACGAUGCUGUCACCAAGAUCAUCUGGAGCUAAUAUUCCAGCCGCGAAAGGGCUUCAGUACCCUUUUCCAACGCAUCCCCCGCUUCUGAUGUCACCAGUUCCGUCACACCCGCAAACUCCGCCGAUGGCAACUACUUCUACCACGGCCUUGGUAAUAACAACAACUAGUACAACUUCUUCUAGCACCGCCACAACAACACGAGGCACCAGCCAUGGUGAAAAUAGACUGAAACCGUGUCCGGGUGUGCCCAGUGAUAACAGAACAUCUAGCAAAAUGAACGUAAAUAAAAGUACUGUAGUGUCUUCUUUACCGCCGGUAAAAAUUUGUGAAAAGACUAAUGUUAACAUUCCGAAUCCCAACGAAGGAGGUUCGGCAUCGGAUAAACAUAAGUCUGUGCGGGAAAUGAAAGCGAGCGAGAAAUCUAUUGAUAAAAUUGCUUGUCGAAGGGAUUCGAACAGCAAUUCUCCUCGCGCCGACAUCAAAACUAGAAGAAACAGCGAUACUAGUGCUCGAAGGAUAGACGAGAGUGAAUCGAGCAAUAGUCACAAAGAACGAGCUCAAAGCGAAGAGAGAAAGAGGGAACGUUUCGAAAAAAUUAAACUCGAAAACGAAAAACUGGAAAAGGAAAAGUUCGAGAGGGAGCGAAUUGAACGAGAUCGACUAGAGAAUGAGAAACAGGAAAAAAUGCGCCUGGAAAAAGAAAGGUUGGAAAAGGAGAGAUUGGAGCGAGAAAGUGAAUUGGAAAAGCAAAGGUUAGAAAAAGAGAGGUUGGAAAAAGAAAGGUUGGAACAACAGGAGAAGGAACUGGCAGAGAAGGAAAAGAUGAGGCUGGAGAGGGAACAACUUGAAAGAGAACGCCUGGAAAGAGAAAAAGCCCAAAAAGAUCGGGAGCGACUGGAGAAGGAGAAACAAGAACAAAUCGAGAGGGACCGAUUAGAACGGGAAAGAAUGAACAAAGAAAAAAGGGAAAGAGAGGAAAAAGAAAGGCGGGAACAGGAGCAGAGAGAACGAGAGAAGUUAGAAAAAGAGAAGAGAGAUCGAGAACAGAAGGAACGAGAAGAAACUCUUAAAAGAGACCAGUUAGAGAGAGAGAGAAAAGACCGUGAAGAACAAGAACAGAGAGUUAGAGAAGAACUAGAGAAAAAAGAACGGGAGCAAAACGAAAAGCGAGAGGAAACGAUCGAAAGAGAAAAACUGGAAAAGGAGAAACAAGAAAGAGAGAGGAAACAAGAUGAUGAACAUUCUCGGCAUAGAAAUGACAAUCAUGACAGAAGAAGAGAUGAGUCUAAACACCGAGAAAAUCACAGGGAAAAUAACUUUUACGAAAAUAAAAACACUAAAGAUUCUGCAAGAGAGGAGAAAUCUAGCAAAGACAAUAACCAAAUCAGUAUGAAAGAGUCUCAUGAUCCAAGAACUAGCCACGAUAAAAAUAAACUCCAUCUAGAAAAAGACGUUGAAAGGAGGAAAGAAAACGUCAAAGAAAACCGGGAUAAUAACUUACAUGACAAACAGAAAGGGUUUAACGAAAGCAUGCGCGGUCUCGUGGAAAGUCGGCACAUGUCCAUUGAAUUGGAAAAGAACAAAAUUGUUGAAAAACCAGAUCCCACUAAAAGAAAAGAGAGGAAUAACAGUUUACCUGCCAAUAUUGGUUCCAAGCGCAGGUUAAGCUCGCACGAAAAUUCAGAAAGUUUGUUGGAAAGUAAAAAAAUCAAGUUGUCACAUGAUCAUAAGAAACUAUCAGAACGACGGGAUUCAAAGGACAGCUGCAGAUCAGAAGAAAGAUCAAAAAGUAGAAACAAAAACAACAUCAGCAAAUCACACGAUAAGUAUAAUAAUUCAAGAGACUGCGAUGAGAAACGGAGAGAAAAAGAGGAACGGCACAAAAAACACAAGCUAGAGAAACUGAAAUCUAAAAGUAAAAGUAGAGAAAAAGAUUCUAAUCAUGAUUCUACAAUUACUCCUAAGAGUCCGCUGACGGACAAAGAAUUUUUAAAUAGGCUGGAUCUACGAAGCAUUGAAGAAUUCGACAAACAACAGAAGGAAUAUAAAGAAAAACGUAAAGAGAGUCUUCCUGAGGAGCAAGACAAAAGUCGAAAAGACAAGAUUUCUUCUUCGGAGAAAAUGCCCAAUUCUGAGAAGAUAAUGAAGUGUCGUACAGAUGAGUCGAUUUCAAAAAUUGUCGAGGAAAGAAAAAAGCGAGAUAGAAUCCGGAAAUUAACCAAUAGCUCGGACACAGACUCAGACGAACCAAAGAAACAUUCCAUAUUCGAUAUCGUUGAUGAUGAACCUGCUUAUAUUUCUAUGUAUGAUAAGGUGAAAGCAAGAAGUUGUAAAAACAUGGCCAAACUAGAAGAAGAGAAACGACAGGAAAAGCUGAAAGCCAAAUUCAACCAAUUGAAACAAAGCAGGGCAAAACGGGAAGAGAAGAAAAGAUCAACUUCUUGGGAUGAAGAUUCAGACUCUGAGAAUCCUUCAGAAAUGAAACAAAAGAGGUGUCCAAAGAUGCUUAUUGAUAGUUCAGAUGAUGAAAGUCGAGAGAGGAAAUCUAGAAAGAAAAAAGACAUUUAUUCAGAUUCCGAUUGUUCAACAAUCCUGAAACAUAUUAAACAAGAACCCCUUGAUACUAGUGAUGAUGAUAGUAAGAACAAAAGUUUAACUAUUAAAGCGUUUAAAUCUCGAAUAACAAGUGAUACUUCUGAAGAUGAGUACAAUAAAAAGAAAAUACAAGAUCAAGUUAAAAUCGAAUUAUUUUCAGACGCUGGGAAUUCUGAAAUACAGGGAUUCUCGGAAAGUGAUGAAAAACCGCAGCCAUCUAAAGUUAAGGAUGAGAUAGAGCGUAUGGUAAAGAAGGAAAGACGCAACAGCAAACAUCAAGAAACAUUACCAGAAGUUGACAUUCACGCUUUCAGUGAUAUAAGCAUGUCGGAAAUGAAAACUGAAAAAUUCAGUAGUGUUCACUCUUUCGUUGACAAUACUUCUGAUGAAGACAAUCAUGAAAUCGCCAAGAAAGAACGAUCAGAAAGAAAAGAGAAAAAACACAAGAAAAAACAAAAGAAACAAAAACAUUCUUCGAACCCCGAAGAAACCAGCAAACUUGAUAGUAUUUCUGAUUCAGUUCAAUCCGAAGCUCUGGAGAAAAGCAAACACGAAAAAAAGAAGGAGCACAGCAAAAAAGAAAAACGGCGAGAUAAAACCAGAGAAGGUCGGGAAAAGUCAAAAAAGGCAAAGAAAAGCAAACUUGAAAACAAAUCCGAAGGAAAGAGAGAUGGGAAAAUGGAAAAUAUAUUUGGUUCAUUAUCUGAAGAUUCUGAAUCUGGAGUUAAAGAUAUUGGGCAGGAACAGAAAUCAAAUGUAUCUGUUGAAGAAGACGUUCACCGCCAAAUAACCCAUAACAGCGAGCCAGAGAAAGAUCUUGAAAGCAAAAUCAAAGAGAAAGAAGACCGAGAAAGAGAACGCGAGGAACACCAUAAAAAGAAAAAAGAAAAGAAACGUCGUGAAAAAGAACGUCGUCUUCAAGAAGCUGCUGUGUCUGCAGCAGCCACUCAGAUCCAAGCUAGCAAUGAAAAUAGCAUGGACUUUGCUGAUAUGGGGAAACAACUUGAGGCAAAUAUGAUGCAAGAUGAAAGCCUUGAUGGAGUGGAGAAUGAUCCCAAAGACAUUGGAAACUCCAAUUUCGAGAAAACAGAUUCUUUUAGAUUUACCGAAUCUGCUGAUCUACCUGAAAUCAAAAGAGAAAAGGAAGACAGGAAAGAAGGAAAGGAGAAGAAGAAGAAAAGAAAAAAGAGCAAAGAUGAAAAAAGCAAACACCAUCACCAUCACCACCACCACCAUCAUCACCAUGAUAAAAAUAAAUCCAAAACUCCUGAAAUUAAAAUAGAAAUUCCUCCAACUGAAGAAAUCAAAUUGGAAAUAGAGGAGCCUGUAGUAAAAACACCAACUCUACCACAGAAUCCAAGUUUACCAACAAUCCUGGAUGAAAAUAUUCCCAAUAAUGAUAAAAACCUUACUCCAGAAUUUUUGAUGUCUCCUAUAAACCCUAUUAUCAGUCCACUCCCGAAAACACCUACAACAUCAAAAGAUAAAAAGCGUGAGAAAUUCUUACCUGGAUUCGGUACUGAAAUCGACGAAAAAAUUCACGAAUCUGCUGUGAAGUCAAUUUCCGAUUUUGAAACGACUCCUAAAAAAGAAGAACCUAUCAAUGAAGACGAUCAUCAGCCUGAAAAACAAUCUCCAUUGCCUGAAGAGAAACCUAGAGUUGUUAUAUCUCAAGAAGAAACAGAAGAUGCAGUCGCUGCUUUAUUGGGAGAGAGUUUUGGUGUUGGCAAGCAAGAAUCAUUUUAUGAUGACGACAGCAGCGUCAAUGAUCCACCCCCUAUAGUAGAGGAAAGUAAUGUCCAAGAUGACGAAGAAAUGCGACAAGCAGUGCAAAGUCUUAGUGCCACUGAUUUGGAUGUGAAACCAGACACUCCCCAAAGUGAACAUGAAUUGCAAAUUGACACUGACACUGAGGAACAAGAAGACACCCCAGUCAAGUUCGAUCCACCAGUCAAGACUCCUGAGCCAACAGAAGUUGAGAGGCUUCCAAAAACUCUUGAAGUUGUCCCUUACUUUCAUAAAAAUAUGGAUUCGAACACUCCAAAAGUGUCUCCUCCUAAAGAUAAUUUGAACAUUGGCAGUCCACCUUCACUUACCCCUAUAAGGCAACAGAUGGUAAUUCUAGCAGAGUUUAAGAAGAACCUGGAUGAGAAAAACCUUCCUCCAGUGCUACCAGAACAGCCACAAAGAACCGUUAUUGCCCAGUCUUGGGCAGUUGACAAAAAUCAAGACAUCAGUUCUACGAAGCCACCCCAGGCAUCAGUAAUCAAAAUUGAGAGCAAAGCAAUGCCUGUUCCUCCUCUUGUUGAACCACAACACUCGAAAACUAUUACACCACCACCAAACAGGCAAUUUACCAGUCCAACGCAUUUGAAAAUCACAGAACCGCAAUAUCCUCCUUUGAAAGCCUUAUCAAAAACAGAUUUGUCAAGUAUUUCACCAACUGCAAACCAAUCCAGCAAAGUACAACCUAUACAAGUUUCUCAGUCUCCUGUAAAAUCUCCGAGUUUACCACAAUUGCAUAAUCUACCAGCUCGUUCUCCAGUGCAAAUGAAUAAGCCGCCGAUAUCUGUUAGUGACCCCGGACUGCCGUCACCGAAAUUAUCAUCGGGAGUGAUUCAUAAUAGACUUCCUAUAACACCUGUUAUGGCAUCCAAACCACAACAACCUACCACCGUUAUUCUACAACCGUCAAAAGUAGCUCUUCCACUAGAACCACCAAAAUUGGUUUCAACAUCUGAUCACAGGUCUCAAGAUCGGCCAAGGAUGAUAUUUCAGACAUCUACAAUUCAACCUCCACAGUUUGGCAGUUUUUCAACCAAUCAACCAAGGAUGAUGCUUCAAGGAAAUAUUAGGCAUCUUCCACCACAGGGCCUAUUAGUACCUACAAGACAGGUUCCAACUUCGCACAAUUUUGGCUAUUUGGCCAACAUUCCCCAUUCUUCUUUCAAUCUGACCCCAAUAUCCAAAGAAAAACAAGAGAAUGUGUUAGAUAAGAGCCACAUUGACUCUAAAUUGCAACAACCUUUUCCUCCAACUUCAAGCCUACCCAACACCCAAAUUACCGCAAUGCCUCCUAAAGUGGUAGUUCCAUCAAACAUUCAACAGAAUCCAUCAUUAUUGCAGCCUCUAACAAUUCCUAAAGAACUCAGUUGUUUGCCUUGUCCACCAGCAAUGGGAAGUCCUAAGCCGAUAACAAGUUCUCCGAGUCCAAAACCAUUUAUGCCAAUGUGCUCUAGUCCAAAAUUACAAAUUACUCCAAAUGUUUCAAGUUCCAAAACACUUCUUGCUAUUUCGAAUCCAAUCACAAUUCAAACUCCACUUCUCAGUCCUAAACCUACCAUGAGCUCGUCAAUUUCUUCGUCAAUAGAAACUCUUGCUCAAACAAGUAUUAUCCAAUCUAUUUCAAAACCAGAUAUUAGUUCCAACGUCUCCGUUCUCAAUUUUUCUGAAUCAAACAAGCUCAACGUUAUUACUGAAUUGAGGAGAUCAACUCCAAGUCCUGUUAUUGUUUCUAUGCCAGGACAGAUUUCAAAAAAUGUUGCUGCUGUAUCAAAACCUAACGAAGUUAUCGCUUCUGAUACACAGACCAACAUAAAGUUGGAGGAUCCACCUGUCAAACUGGCUAUUGAAAAAGUCACAGAUGAACUAAACUCAUAUCUGGAAAAAGCUUCGCCGGAAAUAAAAGAAGCAAGUCUACCAAAACCUGACAUCAAGCUGGAAUCUGAAGUGAAAUCUGAAGUGAAACUAGAUAUGAAAUCUGAAGAGAAUAACCAAGAUGUUAAACUAGAUAUCAAACCAGAUCUAGAAGAUUUUCAAAAGGAACAAUUCGUUGAAACUAUGCAAGAUAUCAAGCAAGAGGAUGCUGAACAAUCAUCUCAAGUGGAGAAAGAAACAGUUGCUGUUAAAGAAAUUGAUAAGUUUGAUGAGGAAAAAACAGAAACGGAGAGCGUUAUUUCCAACAUUAGUAAAGAAAGAUCUGCUAGUGCUGAUAUUCUAGCAAAAGAUGACCCGCUCGAUACAAAAGAAGAUAGUGACUACUGGUCUGCAAAAGAGGUUAACAUUGACUCUGUUAUCAAAACCCUUUGUUCUGGUGACGAACUUUCAGAUCACAGCAGUGAGAAUGGAAAAGAUUAUUGGUUUGAAGACAAUAAACCUACUGAAAUUAUAAAACCUGAAACAAUUGUAAAUGACACUGCUUUUGAUAAGAAAGAACAACCAUUGAUUGUAUCGGAGAGUAAUAAGUCUAUGCAAUAUGAUACUCAUGCAUCAGAGGAGAGUAAGAUUGAUUCGGACAUGGAAAAUAAUACAAUAGUUCUUCCAGUGGAAAUUAAAAGUGUUGAAUCUGCGGGUAGUAAGAAAGAUGAAUCUAUAGAAAGUAAAAAUAAUGAAUCCACAGAAAUGAAAACUGAUAUAUCAACAGAAAGUAAAAGUGAUGAAAGCAUGAAUGAUGCAUCUGUCGAAGGAAAGGUUGACGAAUCUGAAGUUCAAGGUGAAACUAUGGAAGUAGAGGAAUUGAAAGAAACCAUUACAGUCCGUGGUAAUAAUCGCGGACGUGGAGGAAGAGCUAGGGGGAGAGGAAAGGCUCGUGGAAACAUUGUAGAUAACGGAGGUAUACAAACUCGUCGUGCAAAACUCACCAAAGAGCUUGCAGCCAUCACAUCUCCGACUAAAAGGGGCAGAGGUGGAAGAACUCGCAAUGAACGUAAAGUAACCAAAUCAGAGUCCGAAUCGACACCAACGGAUGUCUAUGAGUUCCGUGAUGAAUCUGAUGAAGUUAACAAAGAACAACGGCCGCGGUUAAUUUUGACAAUAAAAUCGCCGGCUGUGUCUAGUUCUAACAACUCGCAAACGACGGCAAUCAUCAAGGAAAUUACAAAAGAUGGUGCAAAAGAAAUAUCUAAGGAAGUUACCAAAGAAAUUCUUUCAAGUCCUGUGAAACCGAUAGAAACGAAGGAAGAAUUCACCAGUCCCACUACUGCAAAUACACGAAAGUCGCGGCGUCUACAAGAAAAAGAUACUUUUAGAAACGCAGUAGAUGACACCAUAGAAGAAGUAGUUAAAAACAACAUUCAAACACGUGCCUCGAAUCAAAGAAGGUCCACACGGCAAGUUACUCCAAAAUCGGCGCCUGUUCAACUAGAAGUACCCAGAAAAUCACCUAGGGGACGAAAAGGGCGAAGGGGUUCUGAAGCUACCGAAAUCUCAUCUUCGGAAGAAACACCAAAAGAGGAAAUCAAAUCGGCUUCUCCGGUUAAAGAAAUUGAGAAACCAAAAGAGGCUGAAAAACCUGCAGAACCCAUCAUAGAAGCUGUAAAGCCUGAUGUAUUACAUGAACAACCUAAAGAAAAACCUCUUGAAGGUCUCAAGACGGUGGUUCUUCGACGCCUCAAAGGUGAGGCUGAGAAUAACAAUCCAGAUGAGCCCACUAAUCUUAUUGAUCCUGUGACAGGAGAAUUGAUCCCAAUGAGAGAAAGUGAAGAGGGCAAAUAUGUUCCUUUGCCUGGAAGCAGGGAUCCUAAAAAACCAGAGAGUGAUGCUAAAGAUAACUCCCCUCUACCUCUUGCACAACCCAAAUUGAAAGAGCUGGUCAAACCUCAAGCUAGUGUAAUAGCACAGCCUCAACAGGUUGCUGUGGUCCAGCCGAUGAAACAUCAUAGUUUCAAAGCUCAUGUACUAUCGUCGCAGGCUGCACAUGCAGUGGUUAGUCAGCAACCAGCACCUAUUCAGGCGAACCCUGUCCUUUCACUACCUGUACCACCUGCCAGUGUGAGUUCAAAGAAUACACCUCAGAUCAAAUCAGUAGCUUCUGUGGUAGUUUCAAAGACCAAUGCUUCAGUCUCUGUAGCAAAGACCGUCACUCCUAUGAUAAUUAGCAAAACCGUUACUCCAAUAGUGACCUCAAAACCGCUAACGCCAGUCAUCAUAACAAAACCAGUUACUCCAAUCAGUCAGCACCUCAGUGUCAAUACAAGUUUGGGAAUUAGCUCCAUUACCUCAACCAACUUGUCACCUAGACCUAUUGUGCCCUUAUCUGGAUCGUCAAAGGUAAUUCCUACGCUGGUUAAACCUCCUGUUUUAUCGCCAGUGAUGCUGAGUAAUCAACAGAAAAUGUUGCAAGUCAGCAAACAACAACAGAUGAGCAAAUGUCACGUGGUAUCGCCGAUGGUUAACCAAGGUCAGAUAGUCAACACUCAACUGGCACACGUGAAGCAUCAGUCAGUCAUGAAGCAACAGCAGCAGCAGCAGUUGCCUCAAGUCAUAAUGGGGAAAGGGCCCAUGGUCAAGCCUUUACACCAGCAGCAGAUCCUCAGCGGGGCGGUCCCGAGCCCACCUCUAAGCAAACCUCAAUCGAUGCUCACGAACCAAUCCAGGAUCAUUCAAGGACCUCUACCUGCAGGUUCGAAGGGGGUGAUGGAGCCGCCAAAAGUGGAAGUCACCAUGUCUAACGUCAUUCUGGGACAAAGGCCAAAACUGUCUCCUCAGGGUCCUCAACAAAGGCUGGUUGGUCAAACGGGACUUCCUGUUCCUGGCUAUGAAGCUAAUUUGCAUGGAGAGCGGAGUUUACUCAAUCGUAGUCGAAGUCCACCGCCAGCUCAUCAAAAUUCUCCAUCACCGAAGGGAGAGACGAUUGCCCAUUUUCCACCCGGGCCUUUACGACCACCAGAAAUCAACCCAGCACACUAUAUGCAUCCUUCCCAUGUCAUACAGUAUCAACAAUAUCUUCGUCAACAACAGUUGCAUCUCACAAGAUCUGGAGGAGUCGAGAAAGUUGGAGAUGGUCAAGAAGGAGAAGAAGCACCAGUUACUUCACCACCGUUGGAAUUGAGAAGACCUGGGUCGGUUGGGCUAGCAUUGACGGGGCGAGGUGCUGCUGUUCCUCAUAGUUUGCAUUCUCCUCACGACAGAGCUACAGAUUCACCCCAAGUGGGUCAGGUAUACAACGUCCACUCUACUCGACUCCAACACUACCACCCUACCCGAUACCACUAUGAACAAACAGAGCCUCCACCAGCUCACCGUCCAAUGACCAGUCAUGGUUCCCUGGCUGCCCUGGGCAGCGACCGCGGACUUGCACACAUCACACCCCUGGGCACUCCUGAUAGGCCGCUCAGCGGUCAUUCAGCAGUGACUGCCCACAUGGGUGGGCUUGCAACACCGGACAGGCCGAUUUCUAGUCACGUUGAGAGGCCGAUAUCUGCUCACGGAAUGAUGGGCGCCGGCUUGGGAGCCGCAGGGAACCUUAUGGGGGCUGUGGCGAGACACAUCGGUGCAGACGCUCCUACGAGUCAGAGAGGAUUGCAAGCUGCCACACCCCCUCAUGCUAGUCAAGUUCCACCCCAGGCAGAGAGUUUGUUUAUGCUCCUGAAGCAAUACCCAUGUAUGUGGCAAGGCCUUUUAGCCCUUAAAAACGACCAAGCAGCUGUCCAGAUGUACUUUGUUUCUGGAAAUGACAAUGUCGCAAAAUGCAGUUUGCCCAAAAACACUGAUGGGUCAACACCACCCCUAAGAAUAUUCCAAAGAAUGAGGCUAGAACCUCCACAAGUUGAAGGUGUAGCCAGGAAGAUGCAGAUGGAAAACGAACAUUGCAUGUUGCUGGCUUUACCAUGCGGACAUGAUCAUAUGGAUGUACUUAAACAGUCUACUAAUCUAACCAAUGGCUUUAUAACAUAUUUACAGCAGAAGCAAGCAGCGGGUAUCGUAAAUGUUGCUGCUCCUGGUACAACUCAGCCUCCUGCUUAUGUGGUUCACAUUUUUCCAUCUUGUGACUUCGUUAACGAGAACCUACGAAGAAUCGCUCCUAGUCUUCUAGAAAGGGUAGCAGAUAUUGCUCACCUUCUCAUAGUCAUAACAACAGUGUGAUCAUUUGCUUAUAUUCGAUUAUCGGACUUGAAAGCAUUGAGAAUAUUCACUGUAUCUCUUCUGUUUUUCUCAUUAUCAUCAUCUACUUGUGACAACAAUAACCCGAUUUGACUAGUAUUUCGAAGCAUGAAUGUUAGUCUAACUCUCGCCAGUUAAUUUGGAUAUAACCUCAAAAUAUGGUAAAAUUCGUCCCUUGGGGGAUUUACUUAAAUAUUUAAAAAGUUUCUCUGUGAUUUCUUGACAAAAACGUUAUUACUAUUAUUAAAAUAAAAUUUAAAAAGCUAAAAAUAACUUACUACCUAUUUAAGAGAUCUCAUAUUGAACUAGUUAUAAAAAGAAAUGAUGAAUAUGUCUUUAUUUAGAAGAUCUUUAUUUUCAUAAAUAUCUUGUGAAUUAUUUCAUUAACUUAUAGGACAUCCUUGCAAUAUUUGCAAAGAUGUCUUAUGAGUGCCACUGGUAUUUAAUUUAGUGUUUUUUUCAAAACUAUGAGGUUAAGUUGCCAGAGUUUAUUUUUUAUAUUAUAUUGAUACCUGUUAUUUAUUUAUUAUGUUAUGGCAAGAAUUUGAACACUUUUGUCUGAGAUAAAUUUGUUUGAAUUAUUUUCACUUAUUUUGACUACGAUUCUACACUCUCCAUCUUGGGAUUGCAGGCGUGAGUUUUUAUUUAGUUUUUUGUUAAUAUACUUUUUAGUUUAUCAGGUGGGGAGUGUGAAAACGUCUGAUACAAAAUAGCAACCUAAUCUUGUAGUUUUCAAAGGCUUUAAAGUUGUAAAUAUUUAAAUUUAAUGUUACCCCAUUUGUAGUUUGAAAUAUGGCUAUUAUAAAUACUGAAAGCAGACAUAAUAUAUAAAUAUGUAGCAUACAGAAAGAAAUCAAUCAUUUUUUAAAUUACAAUGUAAUAUAUAUGUGAAUAUAUAGUUUAGUUUGAUAAUUUCAGCUCGUUUUGAAUUAUCGUCAAGAUGUUCUGUACAGUAUAUUUUAGGUGUAAGUAUGAUUUUGUCUACGUUACAAAGAAUAAUAUAGGGAACAUUGUGAUGUCUAUAUACUACUGUAAAUUUUGUAAAUAUAUAAAAAUACUGUGUAUUGUGACUAUACAUUAUUAUAACUAUUACGAUUAAUAAUA